CUUAGAUACGUCACUUUGUCACAUUGAGAUUUGUUGUCGUUCUUUAUUACAAAUCGUACUUCAUAUUAUUUAAAGAAUUUAAGUGUUGUAUUGUAUUAAACCUAUUAUAAUAAUGGCUGACGAAGAAUACGAAGCCGAGGAUGCAGGUGCGGAUUACGAUGACAUCGCAGAAGAAGAUGAUAACAUAGAGGAGACCGAAGAACAGGAAGAAGACGGUUUCAACACCCAGUGUGUUGCUCCAGGCCAAGCUGGUGGUGGAGUGGAAAAGUCCAAAAGAAUUACCACAAGAUAUAUGACGAAAUAUGAGAGAGCAAGAGUUUUAGGCACUCGAGCUCUACAGAUUGCUAUGUGCGCUCCAGUGAUGGUAGAAUUGGAAGGAGAAACGGAUCCCCUACAAAUAGCUAUGAAAGAAUUGAAACAGAGAAAGAUACCUAUCAUAAUCCGAAGAUAUUUACCUGACCAUUCCUAUGAAGAUUGGAGUAUAGAUGAACUUAUCAUCAUAGACCAUUAAGGCUAAGUAGAAAUAAGAAUAAUUUUAUAAGUUGAAAAGUAUAAGAUAAAAUAGAUUUAUGUCAAUUAUUGAGCUUUGGAAGAAAUGUUAGUAAUUUUUUUUUAUUUUUCAUCAAAAAUAUGAAAUGGCACUCUUGAUUUAAACAAAAAGGUUAACAACAUGUGAAUGAAGAUUGUAUAUGUAUGUUUUUUUUAUCAUGAAACAAUAAAGUUGAGAACAGUGCCAUCUAGUUAAAGAUGAAAAAAAAGUUUUGCAUUAUUAUGGAACUCAAAGUUUAAAUAAUUCAAGCAAUAUUUAUUCCAAGGCUCGUAUCAAUUCACUUGAAAAUAAAUGUUUUAUAAAUUUAAAU